AUGGGUGAUAAUGAAAAGAAAGAAAAGAAAGCAACCAGAAAAAGCAUUUCACUGGAAACUAAAAUGCAAGUGAUUGGAAGAUUAGAUUCUGGUGAACGUCAAUCUCAAAUUAGUGCUGCAUUGAAUUUGGCAACUUCAACAAUAAGGGCAAUUCUCAAGAAUGAAGAAAAGAUUUUGUUAUCGGCAACUGCAACUACGUCAAGAUCUGCAAGUAGAAUUACUUGCUCUAGAAAUAACAUUAUAGAGGAAAUGGAGAAACGACUGUCUGUAUGGAUUGGCCACGAAAUUGAACGCAAUAUGCCAUUAAGCCAAUCUAUCAUAACGAAAAAAGCUAGAAGUAUUUUUUAUUGCAUUCAGGAUGAGGAUUGGUUCACUGAACAUUUCCGCCCGUCUGUUAAAUGUUAUUGCGAAAUUAAAAAGCUUGAACAAAGAGCACUACUAUUAAUUGAUAAUGCUCCAAGCCACCCAACAAAUUUAUCAGGCUUAGCAACAUGCAUGCUAGUCGAAGUGGUUUUUUUGCCGCCUAGCACAACUGCCUUAAUUCAACCAAUGGACCAAGGCGUUAUAUCCAAUUUCAAGGCUUAUUACUGGCGGCCAGCAUUGAGGCAGAUGUUUGACAAAAUAGACGGAGAAGAGAAGCAAUCAAUAAGAGAAUUUUGGAAAAACUACGAUAUCAUGAAUGCUGUAGAAAACAUAAACCUUUCUUGGAAUGAGAUAACAGAAAGAUCGUUGAAAGGAGUAUGGAAGAACAUUUGGCCAGAUUUAAGUAAGGGCGAAGACAUUGGACACUCUGUCGAUAUGGAUGAAAUAGUAGAAGAAAUAGUGGAAUUAGCAAAACAAACUGGUUUAGAUGAGGUAAAUGUGGAAGACGUCGAAGAAAUAAUUCAAGAAACAGAAGCUAGUCUUUCUAAUGAUGAGCUCAAGGAAUUAACUGAGCAAGAAGAAAACAAGAAUAUUGAUAGUAGUGAUUUCGAAGAAGAGUAA